AUGGAAGAAGAAGCUGAGAGACAACUACCAUUCCUAGAUGUAAGAGUACAGAAAGAUCCCGAUAACAAACUACACACCAGUGUCUACUGUAAACCCACCCACACGGACCAGUAUCUGCACAAUUCCUCUAACCACCCACCACAAAUCAAGAGAGGAAUCAUCGCCACCUUAGCCCGACGUGCUGUCAACAUCUGUUCCACGCCACAACAGCUAAAAACUGAACUCAACCACCUCCGCCAUGUAUUCACCAACUUCAACAAUUACCCUACCAGCCUAGUUGAACAAACAAUCAACAGCAUCCUCAGCCCUAGAGAGCGGCCUCCACGACAACAGACAGCCCCGUUCGUCAUCAGUCUUCCCUACAUAGGAACAGCCAGCCACCAGAUCCGCAGACUGCUCAAACACCACGCCAACAUUGAUUCAGUAUUCCAGAGAGGCAGGACAAUCCAGAACAUCCUCAGCGCCAAUGGCAAGCCCCCUACAUCUAAGAAAGAAGACCCAGCUGGAGCCGUAUAUCACAUACAAUGUGACUGUGGCGACUCCUAUUCAUCCACUGGCUUCCAAUUAGCUUAA